AUGACAACUGUAAACAGUACAUUUACGCAAGAGUGUGAAACUGAACAAGAUUUAAGACCCGGAGAAAUGAGUGUCAACGAGUCAUUUAUUGAAAAUGAAUCACCUCCUUCUUAUAUAACAUUUCAGAAAGGUAGUAGCGUGAUUCCUGCAAUUUCCAAUCUACAACAAGAAUUUAAAACUCUUCAAAGCAGUUUACUUAACAGGCUUGAUUCCUGGUUCUCAAUACAAGAAACAAAAUUUAAUAGCCUUCUUAAUGACUUCGACGAAAUUAAAACUACGCUGAAAUUUAUCAGUGAUAAAUACGAUGAUUUAGACAAAAGAACUCAUGAUGUCAGCAAGCGCGUAUCUAGAAUAGAAUAG